CGUCACCAAGCGAAUGUUUAAGGAAUGGCACUCGAAUCGAGAUUACAGAAAGUUUCAGUUUCAUUUCUUCAGUAAUCAGAAAAUUACAGGGAAGCGAGCAAGCGGAAGGGUAGCCAGCAGACCUCUGAUAAAAAUGUCUACUGUCUCCAACUUUAUCACCACGGUUAUCUGUAAAAAUGAAGGCUGUAUGGAGUAUGGAUCGCUUGAACAAACUAUCCGGCGAAGUCUCACUAUUUCUGAAUCAAUACUUGUCGGUAUCUUGAGAGACACCUGCAAGUUUGUUGUUAUUGAUGGAAAAGAAAAAUGCUCCGCGACCAGUGCCCUGAGCGCAGACAGCUUGAUCAUAGCAAAGACAUCACUAAGGGUUUGCAAAAAACAGCCCGGCGACUGUGUCAGCUGUGAAGAUUUACAUCUGUGCAAAUAUCUUGUGUGCGGCAGCUGCAAGUACGGGAACAAGUGCAAAAAUUCCCACGACUUGGACUCGGCCUACAACAGAGCGGUCUGCGCCAGACACGGCCUGCAGGACCUGAGGGCUGCAGAGCUGUUCGCCCUGCUGCUUCAGAACGACCCGUCUCUACUGCCGGAGGUGUGCGCGCAUUACAACAGGGGCAACGGCGAGCACGGCUCCUGCAGGUUCAAGGGGAGCUGCAAGGGCCUGCACAUGUGCCAGCACUUCCUGCAGGGCGACUGCGCCUUCGGGGACCGCUGCAAGCGGGUGCACGCCUUCGACGGCGCCGCCCGCGAGAUCCUGAAGCGCCGGGGCGCCGGCCCGGAGAGGGGCGCCGACUGCCUGUACAAGGCGUACCGGAACAUGUUCGCCGUCGCCGGGCACGCGGACGGCCCCGCGGGUAGGGUACGCGCCCGCGGGACGGGCGGGGGGGGGGGGGAGCGCUCCCGCCAGCACUCCAGCCCCUCCGCCAGCGAGGCCGACAGCAGCGAGAUCUGCCUGUUCUUCCUCCGCCGCCACUGCAGUUUCAAAGAGAAGUGCAUUCGGGUUCACUACCACCUGCCCUACAGAUGGCAGAUCUCUCAGAGGGAUGGAACCACCUGGAAGGAUCUGCUGGACAUGGAGGAUGUUGAGCAAGCCUACUGUAACCCUGCGAACGAUGCAAGUAAGGGGAUUUCGCAGGUGGAUUUCCUCGCCAUGACGAGCGGGGCCUCGGAAGUGCGCCGCCUCUCCAGCGUCUCCUCCGUCACCAAGCCCCCCCACUUCAUCCUCACCACCGACUGGCUGUGGUACUGGAAGAGUGACCAGGGGAAGUGGCUCGAGUUUGGCUCUGAGGGUGACGCGGACGGGGGGUCCUCCAUCACGUCCCAGACUCUGGAGAACAUUUACCUGGCCGACACCGACGGGGAGAUCCCCUUCACCGCUGGCAGUCAGCAGUACUUGCUCAGCUUCAAAGACAUGACUCAGCGAAACCUAAAAUAUAACACCAAGAGGGAGGUUCGAAGGCGGCCCCGCUUCCUCUCCGGUAAAGACGUGGAGAAAAAGCGAAAGAGCGGAACUCCGGAAGCUUCCGGCUCGUCUGCCGCCAGCGUUCCGAAGCACUGGGACCAGGAAGCCCUGGCUGACUUUGAAUACAAGCUCACUUGCCUGUCGGCCACGUCCACGGAGUUCCAGCAGGUGCAGAAGCUGUUCAAGCGGACCAUGCCCAAGAGCACUGUGCACAGCAUCCAGAGGAUCCAGAACCCCUCCCUGCACAAGGUCUUCCAGUGGCAGAAGGAGAAGAUGCAGAAGAAGAAUGGAGGUCGGCCUGUAGACCAGCGGCUCCUGUUCCACGGCACUGAGCAGUCCCUCACCAAGGCCAUCUGCGAGCAGAACUUCGACUGGAGGAUCUGCGGCAUCCACGGGUCCCACUACGGCAAAGGAAGUUACUUUGCCAGGGACGCCUCGUACUCGGACCGGUACUCCAAGUCCAGCGGCCGGACGAAGACCGUGUUCGCCGUGCAGGUCCUGGUCGGGGAGUACGCCAAAGGGAAAAGCAGCUACCUCCGCCCCCCCCAGAAAGCCAGCGACCAGGGCUUCUACGACAGCUGCGUCGACUCCGUGGCGAACCCUGCCAUUUUCGUCGUCUUUGAGAAACACCAGAUCUACCCGGAGUACAUUAUCGAGUACGGUCCUUGAUCCUGAAGUAAAGAGUCGUAGAUCCGAAAUUCAACUAUGCAGAAAAGAUAAGACGCGCUAAUGUGCGCUAAAUCAAAAAUGGCUUUCGCAGUUUUACUGAUAUUUUGUGAGCUUGGAUAGCCUUCAAGACUGCGUGUAACAAUUCUUUAAAAAUAGUUUUUGCUGCGAGUAACAUUCAUCACAAUAUCUGGGAACUAAUAUUUGCGAUUUAAACAUAUCUUUAUAGUGGGAUAAACUGGUGUCAGGUCACUUUUGUAUAAUUUAAAACUUUGCUGUCUUCUGUGGUCUUUAAAGGGCUUAUGUUUUUAAAUUUCAUACUCGCUGUAAGGGGAUCUAAACCAAUGUAGAGUACCAGACAGACUGGGGUGUCUUGUGUGGCAUGGCCCGUAGGGCGCUUUCCACAUGCUCAAACUAUUUAGAUACCUCCAGGUUUGUGAUUUCACAACUAGAAAAACUACCUGCAAUAUCAAUGCUAAGAUAUCAGCAGUGUCUGCAAAUAUAUAUAUAUAUAUAUAUCGGCAAAUCUAUAACUCGUUUCUAUAAUGUCUUAAGCCAGACUGAGGUGUUAAAUAUGCAGGAUGUCGCGCAGACAUGGCAAAAUGAACUUGGUGUGUACAUUGACGAGGAUAAAUGGGAUGUGAUAUGAGACCAUUCAAAGAAAAUAUCAGUGUGUGACCGUGCUAGACUAUUGCCGUUUAAAAUCCUGCACCGUUUGCAAAUCUCCCCCAACAAAAGAUUUAAAAUGAACCCCCAGUUUUCACCUAUGUGCCAAAAAUGUCAAAUCUCAGUAGGGACCUACACUCGUUGUAUCUGGUCCUGCCCUGAAAUCCAAGUAUAUUGGAUGGAUAUUUUGCAGGAUGUGGUAAAAAUCUUUGGUGUGGUUUUUGCAUAUGAACCCACUCUCUUUCGAGUCAAGAUGCAAUAGUUGGUACUAGUUCUGGCUAGUUAUGAUAUCCUUGCAUAUGCCGCAAGGAAGAAUAUUUUUUCUGUCAUGGAUAAAUGACAAACCUCCUGCCAAAGCAAAUUGGCAUAAGAUAAUUAUGGAGUGUUUUACCCUUGAAUACUUGACCUGUCUACUUCACUCUUCAAAAAGACAGUUCGUGAAAAUAUGGACUCCAUCUCUCUACUUCUCCAACUCCCCAGUGGCUUCAACACUUUCAAGCAUUCUCCUGGACUAACUGAGAUACCUGUGCCUUGCCUAUGAUGCUGUAACUGUAAUGCACCCUUGUCAUCUGCACUUUUAUUGUAUCCCAGCUUUUAUUUUAUGUAAACAAAAAAAAAUGUAAAUGUCAACAUUCAUACUGAUUGUGUAGACCAAUGCUGUGCUGAGCUUUUUGUUGUUGUCUGUGUGUUUGUGGAAAAAAAAAAAAAAAAGAACAAAACUUAAUAAAUAUAUUUGGGAAAAAAAAAAUCUGUCUCAACUGAUCUGACUUACCUGAUCUGACUGUCAUUGACACUGCUGUAGAGAGAGCACUUCUGGUGUUUUUUUGGAUUGAAUGCCUCAGAUGUGAAAAAAGUGAUUCUACUCCCCAA